CUGACCCCUUCCAAGCACAACUCAUUCUCAAAAUUCUGAACCGAUACAAUGCCAUCUCAGGGCAAUGUGUCAACUUACAAAAAUCCUCAGUCCUAUUUAGCAAAAACACACCUCAGCCCCUCAGAGACAAUAUUUGCCAAAUCCUUAUGGGUAUUCAGCCUCAAAGCUCAUCCAAAUACCUUGUCCUUCCCCUUGGGAUAGGCAAAUCAAAGCUUGACACCUUCUCCUAUAUUAACCAAGCAGUCCAAGGUAGAUUAUCAAAAUGGCAAAACACAUUCCUCUCUCUUGCAGGUAAGGAAAUCCUCUUGAAGGCU